UCCAUAUUAGGCGUAUAUCUGCAAAAAAAUUUCCUCCAAAAAAACGCGGUUUGCUAGUUGUAAUUGUCAAUCCAACCUAGCCGCAAUGAAGAAGAAACAGAAGUCCACCACCAUCUCCGCCGAAGAUACGGCGGACGCUACCGCCGUAACCGCCAGCACCACAAUAGAUUUGAAAGCCCUAAUCCGGGAUAACAGGCUCUUCUUCGACAAGUUGAUUGACCUAAUUCCUCCUAGAUUCUACCUCCCUAAAGAUGAACCCGAUACCUGGUAUCGAGGCCUUCCCAAAGCCGCCAAAGCUUCAUUGAAGAAACAAUCCAGGGAGAAUCUCAAACUCGCCCGCCGCAACCGGCUUGACCCCGAGAAGAAAGAACAGUCCUCUACUGUCGGCCUCCUCGAACAAUCCCUUCAGAAAAAGCAAAAAACAGACGAGGAUGAUUCCGGCGAGGAGGAUCAUGGUGAACCUACGCCUAUUAAUUUGGAGGAAAACGAUAAUCCUAACAACGAUAACUCCUCUGGUACUUACGAAGAGUUGAGGCGUAGGCUACACAGAAAAAUCGAAAUGCUCCGCGGUAACCGGGGUGAUGGCGAGAGUUCGGAGAGAAACAAAUUUAAUCAGCGCAAGAGGAGUGAAAAGGAUGCAUCUUUAGAGAAAUCCGAUGGUAAGAAGAGAAAGAGGGGUGAAGACGACAAUGGAGAAGAUACUUCAAUGGAAAAGGACAUAGAGUUUGGGAAAGUUAAAUUAGGAGACGACUAUGACAAGAAAAAGAAGAAGAAGAAAGUAUCCAAACCUAAAGAGUUGGAAAGACUGAAGAGGCUGGAAGAGGUGAAGAGGGAGAAUAAGACGCUGGCGGAUAAAGAAGCAUGGAAGGCAGCAGCAAACAAGGCAAUGGGAUUGAAGGUGUUUGAUAACCCUAAGUUGUUGAAGGAGAGUUUGAAGAAGGAUAAGAGAAAGAAAGAGAAGAGUUCUGAGAAGUGGAAGGAAAGAAUUCAGACUACGGAGAAGAUGAAGAAUGAGCGACAGCAGAAGAGAAGGGAUAACAUUGCUGGCAAAGCCAAGGAGAAGAAGAUGAGGAAGAUUGCCAAAAGGGAAAAGAAGCUCAUGAGGCCGGGCUUUGAGGGGCGAAAGGAAGGCUACAUUACUCAGGAUAAAAGCUAAACUGGUCAUGAACUCUUUCUUAUGGCUUCUUAUUUUGAAUUUAGCUGCUCUCUCAUUUGGAGAGAGUUUUGUGUUUGGUCUGAAAUCUUUUGCUAAUUCUGUGCUAGUCAAGUUUAAGCUUUUUCUAUUCAGUAGUUAUAUGUUGGCUAAUUAGCCUAUCCCAACUGGUUUAGGAUUGAGCAUUGUUGAUUCAUAGUAACAUGUUAGUUCAUGAUUUGUUUUCAUGAAGUUAGCAUUAUAAUAUAUGCUUGUCACCCAAAUAUCAUUAGUUUGAUUGGAACAUAUUGUAUGCAAACAUUUCUCAAACAGCUGUGGAAAUGGAACAAAUAUGAGAUUGACUGUGGA